GCUCCAGAAGUGACGAAGAAGGGUUGCACAAGUUCUUCUAAAAGAGCUCAAGUCCACAUCGCCACUUUUAUGGACUUUUUAAUCCGUGUGGACAAGAGCAAGCAGUGUUGUGUCUGUGAUGUUUGUGUUCCUUCCAAGUGGGCUGCGACCUCCUAACCCUCCGUGUGUGUUCAGGGGGGCCUUGUGUCCUACAGCUGUCACUUCCACUUCUUCAUCGCCAUCUGGUCUCUAAGAAGAGUCACUAGGAUACGAUCAGUGUGUCUGCAGUGAUGCCAAGUUGAUGAGUGCACCUCAGUUGUACACGAUGCUGUGGACAGGAGGGUACAGUGUCCCCCCCCUGUUCUGCUUCUUACUGACUGCGGUUGGCGGGUCCGCCGGACGCCCCGCCUCGGACCAUGUGUCCUUUGUGAGCCCACCGGAGGAGCCUGUGUCCAGCCAUCCGCUGCGGGUCCGCUACUGCUGUUCUGAGCCGGCCGUGGUGCACCUAGAGGUGCUCGUCUCCUCAGAUGCCGGAGCCGCAAGCCCGGUCUUCCGCAGACAUUGGAAUUGUGAACCUGGACCUCCGCGGAUUCGACUGCUGACCCUGCAGCUGCCUGACCUGUUGGUGUACCGGGCCGACUGGAACAUCCUGCGCUCGGAGUGGGUGCUGGGAAUCAUGCUGCGGGCCUGGGUUGUGGCGGCCGAAUCCCCCAACGAUCCCCAGAAUGCACUGGCCCACGUCCUGGUCCAGCUGGAACCUGUACCCCCUUUUAGCCGUCCUCUGAAACAGCAUCAGCUCUGCCCACGCUGGGACACAGACUUGCUGUGGCGUAUCCGCAGAGACACGAUCCCCCGGUGUCCAGAGGAACAAGAGGUUGCCCACUUCCUGUCGUUUCUCUUUGCGUCUACCGGUGAGAACUUUGGUAUCACGAGGACCCUGCAUCGCUAUAGCAACGAGGUCCUUGAGCACAACAGGCUGAAAGCCCUAUUCUUUCCAUGGUGUCUGUUCUCCACCUGGUUGUACCUCACCCAGCCUUGCAAGCAGCACCUCUGCGGGAUUCUGCAUCACAUCGAUUCCCAGAAUAACUAUGCCACUCCUGCUGUUUUUCUUACAAACUCAGGUCAUCUUCACAUCCAGGUGGCAGGGGAACACAGAGAGCCUGCAGCCUUCAUGGUCAACUACCCUGUGCACAUGGGCACUUGGUGCCGAAUUUCUGUGGCGAUUCGGGGGAGAGAGGUCAGUGUCACAGUGGCCUGUGUGGAUGACGAGGUGGAGACCACACAUUCUGUAGAGCACAGGUUCAGGGAUCCUGUGCUAUUAGAUGACACGGAUGGAUACUUUAUCCUGGGGGGGAGUCCGUAUGUGAGCGGCGUUGCCGGUUUCUAUGGCCCGUCGGUUUAUUAUCGCCGCAGAGCGACAUCUUCCCUCAAUGAGGUGAGCGUUCCAGAAGUGAUUAGAGAAGUGAAUUUGACAGGAUGGUUCAAGUCCUGCCAGCAAUUCCAGGCGGAGCUUCGUGGCAGCGUGGCAGAGUACACCUUAAAAGUCCAACAGAACGGGCAGCCUGAUAGCCCGCUGGACAUGUACAGAAACUGGGCAUCCGGAAAAGAUUCCCUGGCCGCAGUGUCACAGUGUAAACUGUGGGAGGCGCCACCCACCUCUCAGAGACGCCAGGCCAUCCGACUGGUGCAGGCACUGCUUAACAAACAUGGGCCUGGGGGGGUGAAGCUCACAUCAGUUGGAAAAGCGCUGUACUCCAGCUCCCUUUGUAGGUUGAGUAAGGAGGGUUCCGCUUUGGGCAGCGGAAAGGUCAUGACCCAUUUGCUGCAAGCAGGCUGUUUGGGGGACCGGAGAGCACUGUACUUGUCAUCAGUUCUCUACAACGCUGGUCUUGGAGUCAAGAGGCAGCGGAGCAAGGCCAGGCUGCUGUGUCUGCUGGCUGCACAGCGGGAUUGGAGGCUGGCGCUGCUACAUCUCGGGCAUCUGCAUCAUGUCGGAGAGGAGGGGAUACCACCAGACCCUGGCCUCGCCUAUGCCUACUACUCCAAUAUUGCCGCCCAGACCUCUUCUGACAAGCAGAACCCAUCAUCACAGCAGAAGUACGUGGAAGUGAUUUACCUGAAUGAUGAGGAGACUCUCAAGGUCCAGACCAAUGAGAAUGAUGACCUCUUCCUCUGGCUCAAACUGCAGGCACGCAGAGGAGUAGCAGAGGCUGAGCAAGCACUGGGCCGCAUGCUGUUCUGGGGCCAACAGGGGGUGUCUGCUGACCUGCAGACCGCUGCUAAGCACUAUGAGAGGGGUGCUGUCAACCUGGAGGACCCUGUGUCAAUGUAUGACUACGCUAUUGUCCUACUCAAGGGACAAGGUGUGAAGCAGGACAUCCCCAAGGCUGUGGUCUUUCUGAAGAAAGCGGCGGACAGGAACUUUGUCCCAGCGAUCAAUGCUCUCGGCUGGUACUAUGAGCGGUAUGAGCAGGAUUACGUCCAAGCAGUGAAACUCUGGGAGCAGGCCGAUGCUUUGGGGAGUGCAGAAGCUGCUGUGAACCUGGGGGUCUUAUAUGCCCAGGGUCUGUACCCUGGGAAACCAGCCGAUCGGUUCACAGCGUACACCUAUUACUUGAAGUCUGCCCAACGGAGACACAUCGAUGGAGCAAUUCAUCUGGCUGACGUGUGGAUCAGGGGCAUUCCUGGCCAGGUCAACAGGCUUCCAUUGGAUGCAGUGUUGUGGGUGAAAUGGGUAUCUGAGCAGAACGGGUUCCUUGGAGCAGUGCUGAGGAAAGCUAUGGAUGCAUAUCUGCACCAGGACUGGUCCAAAGCACUGGUCUGGUUUUUGAUGGCUGCCGAGUCCGGGUUUGCUUCGGCUCAGUUCAACAUGGCCUACUUCUGUGAGCAGAACCCUGGAAGAUUGCUGGAUGAUGCAUUUAUUACAGAGUGCAUGUGGAGAUAUUACAAUCUCUCCAUUCAGACUCAGGAUCCAUCUCCGUAUGCACUGCUGAAGAUGGGGGACCUUGUGUACGGUGCCAGCGAGCGGAAGAGAAGAGAUGUCACUAUGGCUGCACACCUGUACAAACAGGCUGCAAUAAGGAAUGACCCACAGGGGUGGUACAGCCUGGGCUUGCUGGUCCAACAAGGGGAGGUGCUGCCAUGGUCUGUGCUGGGUGAACUGGGCCUGUGGGAACUUCUUGGAGCUGACAACUACACAGUGCUCUGCUCGCUCUUCCGCAGGUGCCGAGACCAUGGAGACCUGGAGGCCUACUUGCCCUGCAGUCUGGCCCUGUUUUAUGCUCAACUGCAAUCAGCCUGGAGUCUCCAUGGUCGCACACUUACGCUUUUCGGCGCUGUUUCCACGGCUGCUGCAUCUCUCCUUGUGCUGCUGUGUCAUCUGGGACGGACAAAUGGAAGACCUGGGGACCCCACAAUGAACCAGGACCCAGGAGAAGAUGAAGGUGCUCCUUGACUGGUUAAUCUGAGUACUCCCUUGAGUCCUUAUGAUUAAGUUGUUGGGGGCUGGGGCAUUUCACACUUGCUCUGGUUGUUCAGGCAAUAGUUCACUCAUCUGUUAACUUUGCAGCCAAAGAUGUGUAUUUGUCACAGUCACAUAUUUGCUCAAUCUAUAGAAUAACAAAUUCUUUUUGAGGGCAAAUUAGAACAACAGGUAUUUGCUGUCAUAUACACGCCAAAUCUAUCUGGGCAAGCAAGUGGCAAAGUGGUUGGUGUUGUUGUCCUGCAGUCAGACAGUCCCAGGUUCAAAUCCUUACUUCUGUUCUCCUACUCUUGAGCAAGGUUCUUCCCAUUAAACUUUUCCCAGAUGUAUAAAUAAGUACAUAAUUGUACACAAAUUAGUACAUUACUGUUACAUUGUAUGUUUACUUGCACAAAGAUCUCAAAUGAAUAAUAAUAAAGUUCCAGUUGGGCAGUCAGAGCAACAAACCUGGUGUCCAGAGUCCAACGCUCACAUGAGAAGAAAAGCAUAUGAUCCAGAUGUCACAAUGUGCCAUUGUUCAGUUCAGAGAUGUUGUUGAAGUAAAAUUGACUCUGGUGUACAAAUGUGUAAACAUUUAUAAGUAACUUAGUGUACACACCUCACAUUGUACUUCUGAGAAAUCUAUGAGUGAAUGAAUUAAGAAGUAAAUAAAAAUGUAGGAGUCAGGCAUCUUUCUUGUUUAUACUGUUUAAUUCCCAGGAGACUCUUGGAAAUGAAAGUGAAUCAUAUCCCACAUACAAAAAAAAAAUGAACCAA